CCGAGGCCGCCUCUGCAAUGCUGAGCGAGCCGAACGGGACGCGAAUGCUGGCUCCGUUCGAGGAGAACGGCGUCGCCCACUACGGCAUGCUCACCGACUGGUCGGGCUGGAGUUACAACGUGAUGCACCACAGGGCAACACUGGAUCUGUUCAGGGUGCUGCGCCAGUACCAGAGGCAGAGGGACGCCGGACGUCCGUUCCUCUUGGGCGGAAUAGUGUACGCCGUGAAGAUGCUGCCUUCAUACAACAGAGAGCAGCUAGACAUCUUCGACCACAUAGUCAAGGACUUCAAGGUGGACAUGCUCGUGGCAACGACCCACAUGGAACAAACGUAUCAGUACACCUUGGACUGCAAAAUCACGGGACCGACCACGUGGGACAAGAAGUACGACCCCCACGAGCUCCCCAUCGCCGACGUGAUCAAGCAGCUGUCCGACCGGCGUUACCUCGACCUGGACAUUCCGGUGGCCGUGUCCUUCACCCUCAAGGGGUUCUGGUACAAGCCGGAAAAGAACGAAGACGACUCCGACUUCGCUCCGGGGAAGCCGUGCGGCUACAUUGUCGGUGGUGAGACCUUCGGCAGCUACACUGAGGUCUGCGAGAACACCACCUACCGGAAGCAGAUGACGAGUAUCGAGGAAGGCCACUUCUUCAAUUACACGUUCUACAGGGAAUACGACCGCACCUUCGUCUUCGACACCCUUAGCAGCAUCACGCAAAAGGUGGUGCUGGCUCACCGCGCACACCGCGGUCUGAGCUUCGCGCUCUUCGACAUCGACUACGAGGACGUGUUCGACCAGUGUCCGGGCAACCUGUACGGGGCCUUCGACCGGGUGGCCGCCGUGCGAUGGCUCACGGACCGGUUCAAGGAGAUCCAGGAAGCCGCGGUCAUCGGGGGCCCGGAGUCCACGGCAUCGUGAUCGACUGUGGCGCGCCCGCGCGGCCGCAUCACGCGCAAACGGACGCUGCCAUCCUAAAUUUUCCCGAAUUUGACGGAAAGAGAAAUUCGUUUAUCAUCGACGUCUCUUGUCCA